GUGAAGAAGAAUGCAUUCCUUUAUGGUUGUACUGAAAGCAAGCCAGAAAGGACGGUAUGGUGAUACACUGUAUCGCAGUAAUCAUAUCUCACAAUCUUUACAACUCUAAUAAUGAUUGUGGGCACAGGUGGCCUAUUACCCUGGAAACAUGAUAGUGCAAGAGUACCAAACAGCCCUUGCACUAAGACUGAGGAGUGGGUUUUUCUGGAACCCCUGAGCCAAGGCCAAAACAUUACCUAAUAUGUAGAUGUUUUUUUUAGUAAUGAUCGCGGAAAGUUUCCUUUCUGAAAAAAAUGUGAGGAGUGUUGUUUGUUUUUGUUUCUCUUUGCCCCUAUGCUACCAGCCAUCAGUGGAGACCGAUGUCUGCCCAUUCUCAAAGGCCUGCUUAUGUUCCCGCCUGUCUCAUGGACACACUCAACCCUAUGGAAUGAGCGAGAAGAAAGGGUUUCAGUGCCAGGUGUGCACACGUCUCAAUCGGUAAUCGUUUCGCCACUUUGCCUAUACAUUCCGAGGCAAAGCGAUGACUAAUUUGCAUUACAUUAUGUUUAUUUGGCAGACGCUUUUAUCCAGAACGACGUACAGAAGUGCGCAUCAAGGUCAUUGGAAUUCCAAAUCGCGGGUUCGAUAAGGGGGUGGCGGGGGGUGACAGACUAGGCUCUCUGGAAUGCCUGAAGGAAACAAAGUCUCUGCUUGAAUAGUAGAGUGCUGACGCGGCUGGAGGAGGGGGCGUGGCCUUCGGUGAUGUCACAGAGAGGAGCGGUAUAAGUAGCAGGCUGGCAGCUGAGGUCUGGACCAACACCUGUCAGCUCAGCCGCUAGCCGGAGCCGCUGUCUCUCUGCACCUGUGCACUCUGGGAUAUUACCACGCUGGAGACACCUGUAAUGGAUCUGGCACUGCACACGCUCCUGGCCCUGUGCGUCACGCUCUGCGUGCUUCUACCCGAAGGAUCGGGGCUGCCCGCGUCGCGGAACUCCGACCAGGGCCCCCCCCGGCCCUCCUCCCCGCCCCCCCCCCCGCGGGUACGGACCAAGCGCUGCUCCUGCAGCAACUGGCUGGACAGGGAGUGCAUCUACUUCUGCCACCUCGACAUCAUAUGGGUCAACACGCCAAGUAAGACCGUCCCGUACGGGCUGGGCAGCCCCCUGUCCCGCCGCCGACGCUCCACGGACCGAUGUGCGUGCUCCAGCCCCGCGGACCGCACCUGCACAGGCUUCUGCCACCACAGCUCUGAGAAUCCCCAACUGGCGCGGGUCGACCCGUCCACGCGGUCCAGUCGCCACACGGACAGAACCAAUGCUAAACUGCUGACCUCUCUCAGGGAGGCGGUCCAGGCCAAUAUGCAGGCCCUGGAGCGGGCUGUGGCCCCCAAGAGAAAACGUUCCGGGGCCCCUGGCCGGUAACCAGCUCAGAGAGAGAGGAGGCAGAGCCGAAAAAGAGCGGGCAUCCGAUCAAAAACGUCCCGGGGAAGGAGGAGGAGGAGGUCGCCGGGCAGAGGUCGAGAGAAGUGCCUCCCUCUGGAAGGAGGAGGGGGCAUCCUCAUCAAAUGGGACAGGCGGCAGACUGGAGGACAGACUGGCCUGUCCCAAACUGGAAUUUUUUUUAACGGAGGAACUGGGGUGUCAUGAAUGGGGGGGGGGGGGGCAUCCCCCAUUACAGACUGCACUGCCAGUUCCCACGAAUCUGGACCUGGCAUAGACGUGCAUAAAGGUGACAGGUGAAGACAUUCCCCCUCACAGCUACUUUGACGUCAAGUUAAAAAUAGCAGAGGAGGAAAUGCAGACAAGCUGCAUUGCUGGGGAUUUG